AUGGAUAUGUGUUAUGCAGAGGAAUUGCUUUUCAGUCACAUCACCAAGUUGGUAUGUGCCUUCCCCCACCGGGCGACGGCGGUCGCGCUGUUUGGCAAAGCGAGCAUCACCGAGUUGCUCGACGUCGUGGAUGUCAUCAUCACCGUUCUCGAAACGGAGAAGCUACGCGCCGUGCUUGACAUGUUUACCUGUGUCUGUGGUGUGUCGCACAUAUUUACGCCGGUCCUGAUCUCUCCAAAACACCCAAGCGUUUUGAACGAGUUAGGCGGCAUGUUAGAAAGGCAAGGAAACAGGCUAAGCGAGGUCAUAUCAAGCACGAUGGAGGAGGUGAGGAAACUCGUGGAGGAAGAUGACUCAUGGGCUAUCGAGAUCCCACGAGGAGGAGGCGAGGUUCACAACAACACUCGGUUCAUCAUGGAUUGCAUAGUAUCCAUGUCGAAUGCGUGGACUUCAAUGGGAAGCCCUGCACUGAGAUGCAAUUUUGGAAACCUUGAUAGCCUGAUCUAUCGCACAAUCGGUUAUCUCAAGGGUCUGCUUUACACAAAAUCGGGGUCAUGCUCGGAUCAAAGCCUCCGGUAUCUGUUUCUGCUCAAUAAUUCCUAUUUCAUAGCUCAUGUGUUCUCUCAGUCAUCAGGAUCUUUCAAUCCUCUGAUGUCGAACCUCCUGACACUUAAAUUGGCACCUGCAUCUGAGUGUAGGAAGUACAUGGAUAGUUAUCUCGAUGUUUCAUGGGGACAUGUGCUCUCUUGCAUACCAAAAUCGAGAUUUCCUGGACCCAUCCAUCGUUGGAUCAACACCUCUUCACUGGUGAAAUUCGAGUCAGCAUUUCACAAAACGUACCAGACUCAGAAGUUGUGGAAGGUUCCGGACCCUGAGCUUAGAGAUGCGCUGCGGAUGGCUAUUACCGAAAGAGUCAUUUCAGGUUACCGUGACUACCUGGAGGAGCAUCCGGAGCUAGGGAAACACGUUGGCUGCCAAAGCAGCAGUCCUGAAGUUUUGGAGGGGAUGUUGGGAGAGCUAUUUGAAGGAUGA